CUCUCUCUCUCUCUCUCUCUCUCUCUUUCAUUCUCAGUCUUCUAAAAAAUGGUGAGACCUCGUUGCUACCUGGACAUCGCCAUAGGAGGCGAGCUCGAAGGAAGAAUCGUCAUCGAGCUCUACAAUGACGUCGUCCCGAAAACCGCGGAGAAUUUCCGCGCCCUCUGCACCGGUGAGAAGGGCAUUUCCCCAACCACCGGCCUCCCUCUCCAUUACAAGGGUGUUGGAUUCCACCGCGUUAUCAAGGCGUUUAUGAUCCAAGGCGGCGACAUUGACGGGAGCGGCGGGGAGUCGGUUUACGGGCGGAAUUUCGAGGAUGAGAGCUUUGAGUUGAAGCACGAGAGGAAGGGGACGGUGUCGAUGGCGAACACCGGGCCGGACAGUAACGGCUCGCAGUUCCUCAUCACGACUACCAGGACUCCGCACUUGGAUGGGAAGCAUGUGGUGUUUGGGAGAGUGGUGAAGGGAAUGGGAGUGGCCAGGUCGAUUGAGCAUGUCACUACUAAAGAUGAUGGGGAGCAUGCGCCCACUCAGGAGGUUCUGAUUGCGGAUUGUGGGGAGCUGGAAGAGGGGGAUGACGACGGGGUGUGUAAUUUCUUCAAGGAUGGGGAUGUGUAUCCGGAUUGGCCGGUUGAUCUCGAUGAGAAGCAUGACGAGGUUUCGUGGUGGGUUGUGGCGGUGAAUGCGAUUAAGGCGCUUGGAAAUGAGCAGUUUAAGAAGCAGGACUAUAAGAUGGCGCUUAGGAAGUAUCGCAAGGCUUUGAGGUACCUGGAUGUGUGCUGGGAGCUGGAGGAUAUCAAUGAGAACAACAGCUCCUCUUUGAGGCAGACAAAGUCCCAGAUAUUAACUAAUAGCUCUGCUUGUAGAUUGAAAUUAGGAGACCUAGAAGGAGCAUUGUUGGACACAGACUUUGCAUUGCGUGAUUGGGAGGACAAUGUGAAGGCUAUGUUUCGCCAAGGCCAGACAUAUAUGGCACUAAAUGACAUUGACUCUGCUGUUGAAAGCUUCAAGAAGGCACUGGAAUUGGAACCAAAUGAUGGGGGAAUUAAGAAAGAGCUUCAGAUUGCUAAAAAGAAGGUUGCUGAUAGGAGUGAUAGAGAAAAGAAAGCCUACUCUAGAAUGUUCAACCAAUGAUAGCAGUCACUAGGAAGUGCAAGGAAACAGUCAGAAGACUUGAAAGGAAAAGAUCAGUAAUACUCGAGCUUCAAUCAAAUUUUGUCCAAGUAGAUUGACGUUUUGUUAGACUAGACUGUAGCACUUAAAUGCAGUUCAAAUCAUAAUUUCUACUUUCUGAAUUUAUAUAGAAUUAUCUAAACAGUAUUCUAUAUAUCGGGAUUAAUCUUAUUUGUUGACAAACAUAGUCUCAUUUUUGUCGCCAGCUUCUUGAUAUACUUAGCCUAGCUUUUGUCUUUU